UUGAUUUAUUCAUUGCUUGUGAAUUGAUUUCGGAUUGGCGGCGGCGUGUAAAAUGAGUUUGAACGAACCGUUGAUAGAUAGAAAAGAAGAUGCUUAUUCUAUUCUUCGAACUUAUUACGACCAGUUUUCUUCAGCUGGGGGAAAAUUAGAUCUUUUACGUCCUGCAGCUUGCUUCUCCCCUCACAUUUUUGGGGCGGGCAAAAGCUUUGUAGGUCAAAAAUUUUUAGAGUUUUUUAAAAAAAUUCGCCGACGAAGAAGAAGAGCAGACGAAGACGGAGUUUGCUUUAAACUAGGAGAGAGCUUUUCUCGUGCUCCUUUUCCAAGGUUUCUAGAGGCUUUGAUGUAUAAUAUAAUUUUGAACGCUUACCGACAAAAUGGUAAAGAUACGGACGCUCUUCAGAUAGCUGAAAGGACGGUAAAGAAUUUUGAUAUCGUAGGAGCUAUUGAUUAUCUUCUCGAACAAUUUCAGAAACAAUAUUUAUUUUUGAUGAUAGACGAACUUAGCCACCUGAGUGACCUCACCAAAUACUAUAGUGAACUUACCAUGAAACAGUUUGUCGAGUCCGAUCCUGGUUAUAUCCCGUAUCGCAAAUUUUUUCGAACUGUAUAUGAGUUGCUUGAUACAGGAAAAGUUAUCUUGUAUCUUGCUGGGCGAACUGCUGAAAUCUCAGCCCGCCUGUCUGAUGCUCGCUCCAGUAGAGUGAGUCUCCGUAUGUUGCGGUUGAAUCCCUUUAACCUCCAUGAUAUUAACGAAUAUAUUGAGCUGGCAACUUAUGAUGGAAAGUCCUUGAAGGACUGUUUAUUGCCCUCUGAUGAAUUACGAUAUCGAUUCGUAGAAUUGUUGAAGAAGAAGACAGGGGGUAUUCCGUUGAUUGUAAAGAAUACUUUACUAGCCCUAGUAGGGAAACUUGCAAACUUAUCUCAACCUGUUAUCAACGAUGACAAUAUGGAAUUUUUAUUAGAUAGUGUCUUUGCAGAUAUACUAAAUGAGUCGGGAACUUUUAUUAUUCCGGAGAUAUUAGAUUCCGCAACCCUUCUUCGAUAUGAAUUUGUCUUUUUGAGUUAUCAGCUCGGAACGGUUUUUCCAGUCGGAUUUGCAACUACUCUAUGUGGAACGAGAACUUAUUUGAUGGACUUGGUUGCAACUUUUGGGUUUUAUUCUGAAAUUUGUGAAACUGACGGGAUUGAUUUGGGCACUAAGUUCAAGAUUGGUUGUUGUGAAUUUAUAUUGCGAGCUCAUAGCAACUAUAACUUUUUCCGUGAGGCUACUGAACUCUUUCCUUUAUCUCCGUUUAGUUAUAUUCCCGACACUUCAACAGCAAAGGGAGUCUUCUUUGAAUUUGUAUUUAUGAAGAUCUUUUGUUUUCGCUUAUUAACUUUUCUUCAUUCUAGUUCCUCGCCUAUUGUACAUUCUGCUAUUCCAGGAAUUUUCCAGGGUUCUUUUAUUGAACAGGACAAUGUUUCUUAUUCUAUGGAAUCAACAAAAUCUAAUGAUAUACCCAUCUUGAGAGAUGUCUCUGAUUCAUUUUCUGGUCAUUAUAGAGAUUAUUUACAACGUUGUGGUAUUUUUGUUCCAAAGGAUGGCAAUUCUAGUGGCCCUGAUGCAUAUGUUGUAUUCCAUAAUGGACAAACACGUUAUGUUGUUGGAUUUUCAUUCAAAUUUUAUCACAAAAGUAACUUGUCGAGAAAUGUUAUUAACAGGGAAACAGCACAAUUUUUUAAGGGAGUUGUUUCCGUUUUGAAUGACGAAUCUUUUUCAUCUGUUCAACUUCGUUUUCAGUUUGUGGUAGUAUGUACUAGAUAUGAUCAAUCUGUAGGUUUCUCUACCGAAGAACAGAACAUUGUUGAAGAUGCAAGUGGUUUUGUGACUCAACAUUCUUCGGGAUCAACUUUGAAUGAAAGUAGUCGAUCAUGUCUGCAAUUGGUAAUUGUUUCUCAAAGGAACCUUGAAGUGUAUUUGGGAAGAGAUAAUGUCGAAACGUUGAGGAAAAUUGGGGAAGCAAACCGAGGAGAGUUUUCUAAAGACUUUUCAGUAUGGUGUAAAACUCUCUUUGAGUCGAUGUCUAAUGAAUAUGUUUCGCCUUUGGAAGCUGAGCAAUCAACUGUUACUGUUAGAGUGGCUCGAAAUAUAAGACCGAGAACCAAUGAGGAGAAUAGGAUGCAAAUGGAAGGUUUUCAAAGUGCUAUGCAAGUGGAAGAAGGUAUAACAAGAAGCGAACAAGUAUCAAGUGAUAUUACACAUUUUGACUGGAAAGAGUUUCUUUGCAAGUCUGCGUUAUUACCGGAAGAAUUUGCCUCUCGUCAUGCUUCGAGAUUUUUACGCAUAUUUGGAGAUAAUCCUCAAGUGAUUCGAAGAAAGUCACUAGAGUUGAUGGGUAUACCAGAACAAUAUAUUCAACAAAUUCUAAUUGCAACGAUGUUACUGGAAGAAAACACAGAAAUGAAAGAAUAAUUAGCUGCUUUCAAAUUUGUGUUA